AUGAUGAUGACGACCGAAGAAACCAGACCUCCGUCUGGCGGAAUGGAAGAGUCACGCCUCAUGAGACUUCCGUUUGAGACCAUCGAGGCCAUAUUCUCCCAUGUCGAACCAGAGGAUCUCGUCAGUCUGUGUUUGGUUUCAAGGUCGGUCCGUGAGCAUGCUGCGGCCCGGCUCUAUCGGUCUCUCAACUGCAUUCUCCAGCCCAGAAGCGAUAUAGAGCAUAAAUGGCCAAUCGACCGCCUUGCCAAAGAACUGGAAACGCUGACGACAAGUGAUUUCAACUACGCUGCAUACAUCAAAUCGAUAUGUCUGGACACCGCACCGAUCACCGAUGCUGGCGACUAUCAGUUUCAAGAACAAAUAGCAGACCAGUUUAAAUACGAUACCCCUUGCGGAAAGUUCUUUAACAACCUGCUUCUUGCGUCAAUCAAGAAAAUAUCCACAUUGGAAUCAUUUCGAUGGAAUGUCCGUCUUGAGCUUAAUCCCGCCGUGUUCAUGGCUCUUGGAAAGGCCCCUGGUUUACAGCACUUAUGUGUUCGAAUGCCCGCUGGUGUAGAACCCAUUUCGGAUAAGCCAGUGCCAGCUCCUCCUCCACCCGGGCCUCCCGUUCCAGUACUGCCCCUACCAGUUCAGAUCAACCAACUCCAUGCGCACCCAGCUCCUCCAAUAGCGCCUAUCCACCAUUUACCGCACAACCGGACAUCAUCUCGGGACAAGUUUAAAAGCCGCAAAUACUGGGACUCAAGUCGAACGUUCUCUCAUUUCUCCCGGCUUAAUACCAUCGAAGUCCUAGAAAUGGACAAUCUUGGGUAUAUCGAUGAGAUCGCAAAAUGUAUCUCGCAAUCAUCCGGUACGCUGAAAACCUUAAAGCUUUCAUUUUCAGAACGACUUGCUCUAGCAGCCCGCAAAAAGAAGGACGAUGAGGUCUCAGAAACAAGCAGUGUCCAAGACGAGGACGAGCUUUACCAACCUCUACCCCCUCCGCCUCCACAGGGUCAGCCCGCGGCGUUCACUUCGUCCAGCUCCAAGAACUCCGAAGUUCGUCGUGAACGUCUUGCACAAGAGCAGACUCUUGGUCGCCUCUUCGGCCUAGACCAAGAGAAGGAUGCCAUUCCGCAGAAUUCGCCAAACCGACUCAUUGAAGAUGCGCUCACUGAUGCGGCGAAGGGUCUUCAAGUUGGAGAUGAUGCAGACGUAUCCUUUAUUAAAUACUUGAAGUCGGUUCUAGAAAAGCUUAGCACAGAACACCCAAAGUACCAAGCCAUGAUAUCCGAAAUUGAAAAGGUUACAGGUCCAUACCAGGAUAUCGCUGCUGGGAAGGAUACAGGUGACGGAGACAAUGUACAGGCGGGAGAACAGGCGGGUGCUCCACCUACGACAACCCCAGGUGAAGGUGAGGCUGAUGAUUCCGCACCACCUGAGGGUUCCCAAAUGGGCCAAGAAAGCGAGGCGAAAAAAGAGGAUGAACUCAAGGCCAAUGAUUCAACAGAUACCCCUGUCCCAAGUGACACGAAAACUACAGAGCUAGAGGCAUGUUUACAAAAUAUUGUAGACAUAGAGCAUCCUGAUGAGCUUAGUGAAGGGGAAGACCAGGAAUUUAUCGAUGGAAAUACCGACGACGUAGCACCUACGAAGAAUCUCACCAACGGAACGCUUUGCAGCCUCAAACUAGAGCAGAAUGGCGAAUCGAAAGGCAAAACGCCAGCGGAUAAGAUACCAAUGGAUAAAAAGGAUUAUAACCAAAAGGAGCGUGAUGCUAUUCAAAACUACGUUCGCGAGAACCAUGGCAUCGCGCUGGAGAGUCUUUCAAUCUAUUUGAUCCCGGUCAAAGCUGCCAUUCUUUGCCGAGGCAUCAACGUUUGGACGCUGAGACACAUCUCCCUGCUCAACGUUGGGCCGCAGAGGGCAUUCUGGGCAACACUAGAGAAUCUCAAUAGAUUCAAUCCCCUUAAGCUUGUCUCUGUUCAUACGGACAACGUAACUCGCCACCUCCUCUCUUUGUUAAACGCUCUACCGCGCCUCGAAGAAUUAUUUUUGAUAGAGCGUAGUACCCGCUCUAGAGUAGAGCCAUCUACUCCGAAAACCCUUGUUACAGCCGAAGAUAUUCGGAAGCAAGUGCUCAGAAAACAUAUGGACCUAGCUUCCAUUGUUCUCCUAGCCAAAUACGGUCGGAAUCUGGUUGAGCUGGUUGCUCACCUUGAUUCUCAGUGCUUUCAUUCGUUGAUGCGAGUUAUCAGUAACAUGGAGUCGCUCAGCGUACUACAUGUCCUCUUCUCAGACCCGGACUACUGUGCCAGUGUCUUGGAUGAGAGGUACAUUGCCGUGAGCUAUGCUUCAGGCCAGCCGGUGCAGACUCGCUGUACACUCAUGGAACUUCGUGAUCCGACUUCACUGAAACCUAAGGAAAACCAUGCAAUCAACUCCACCAACAACAAUACAGUUGAGGCGGAUGAGACGGAUGAUCUUGACAUUUUCAACCUGGAGAGUGAUAUGGCGCCUAAGAAAGAGAACUCCAAAAAGGUUGCCGGGAACGCAAAAAAAGCCGAAGCUGCCGCAGCUAAGCAGGCAGUCGUUGACGCAAAAAAGGCAGCUGAAGAAGAUCAGGAAUGGCAAAAGGGCGCAAAAUCCAGUGGAAAGAAGGAAUCAGCAGAAGCCAAGAAAGCAGAAGCAGCCCGCAAAAAGGCCGAACGUGAAGCUCUAUUAGCAGAAGAAGAAAAAUCUCUCCCCAGCAAACCAAAAGGAAAUGCCAAAACCGCCCAAAAGAAAUCCCGAGGAACCCUCGACCUCGACCAGCUUGACGCCGAUCCCUCAUCCAGAAAGAAGGGUCCAGCUUUAAAUGCAACUGGUAUCGAUAACGCACUCGACGCACUAUCUCUAGGUUCUAAAGAUGCGCUCAAGGUAGAUCGACACCCGGAGCGAAGAUAUAAAGCUGCUUAUGCCGCGUAUGAAGAGAGAAGGCUACCUGAGAUCGAACAAGAACAACCCGGCCUCAGAAGACAGCAGAGGAUUACUCUUAUAAAGAAAGAGUUUGAGAAGAGUGAGGAGAAUCCGUUUAAUCAGGUGAAUGUGGCAUUCGAUGCAUCCAAAGAAGAAAUAGCGGCAGCCCGGGAGGCAGAGAGGGCAAAGAUCGAGGGCCGUUUGACCGCGAAAUGA